AGGGUGAAGGGUACUGGAAAAAACAGUAACUCUUCCCCUAGGAGCUUUGGACAUUGUCUGGAGGGGACAGAAUUAAUAUAAUUCUUCCUUGCUAGAUUCUUUGAUCUGGAACUUAGACCAAGGGUUGGAUGCACUUCUUUUCAGAGGCAGCAAUAAGAAAUUGUGUCCAAUUUCUAACUUGUAGAUUGGCUAACUACCAACUUUGCUCUUUUUUCCCACCCCCACCCCAAAGAACUUUCUGCCAUGUUGUUAGAUAUCUAGUUACCAAUCUAUUGAUAGCAGUAGGAAUGAAGUGCCCUGUGAUGAAAGCUUCAAAUUUGCCUCGAAAGGAUUCUGUGGAGCUUAAGAAUGAGGCCAUGGCCACUGCAGAGUCCUCGCUGUUCACCUCCUUGGGCCCCAGCCCUGGUCUUGGAGAAGAUGAGGUGGAGCUGGAUUGCUGGUUUAAUGAGGAGUUCAAGUUCAUCCUGCUGCCUGUGAGCUAUACAGUUGUCUUUGUGCUGGGCCUGGGCCUCAAUGCCCCAACUCUCUGGCUCUUCCUCUUUCGACUCCGACCCUGGGAUGCAACAGCCACCUACAUGUUUCACUUGGCAUUGUCAGACACCUUGUAUGUGCUGUCACUGCCCACCCUCGUCUACUACUAUGCAGCCCGCAACCACUGGCCCUUUGGCACUGGGUUCUGCAAGUUCAUUCGUUUUCUCUUCUAUUGGAACCUCUACUGCAGUGUCCUCUUCCUCACCUGCAUCAGUGUGCAUCGCUACCUGGGCAUCUGCCACCCACUGCGGGCACUACGCUGGGGCCGCCCUCGUUUUGCAGCCCUUCUCUGCCUAGGAGUUUGGUUGGUAGUAGCCGGCUGCCUUGUCCCCAACCUGUUCUUUGUCACAACCAGCACCAGGGGGACCACGAUUCUGUGCCAUGACACCACUCGGCCUGAGAAGUUUGCCCACUACGUGCACUUUAGCUCAGCGAUCAUGGGGCUGCUCUUUGGCUUGCCCUGUCUGGUCACUCUGGUGUGCUACGGGCUCAUGGUCCAGCGCCUAUAUCAGCCCUUGCCAGGGUCUGCACAGUCAUUUUCUCGUCUCCAUUCUCUCCGCACCAUCACUGUAGUCCUGACUGUCUUUGCUGUCUGCUUUGUGCCUUUCCACAUCACGCGCACCAUUUAUUACCUAGCAAGGCGACUGGAAGCUGACUGCCAGACGCUGAAUAUUGUCAACGUGGCCUACAAAGUGACUCGGCCCCUGGCCAGUGCCAAUAGCUGCCUGGAUCCCGUGCUCUACCUACUCACUGGGGACAAGUACCGACGCCAGUUCCAACACCUCUGCAGAGGUGGCAGACCCCAGUCCCGCACAGCUGCCUCCUCCCUGGCGCUGGUGUCCCUGCCUGAGAAUAGCAGCUGCAGGUGGGCAAGCACCUCCCACAACAGCCGCUUCCCUGCCCCUAGGGAAGAUAGAUUGUAAAACUGGAAGCUGGGAAGUGAAGGGAAAAGGAGUGAGUGUGGGGCAGAGGUGAGGGUCUUCUUUAGUGACCCCUGGCAAAGUGCUUCGUUUCCCUUCUCCCUUUUAGAUAAAGGUAGUAGUGGUUACUUCACUACCUCUACUUUCUUUUUGUUUCUGUCCUUUCCCAGGGACAUUAGUCCUGUUUCUGGAUUCUGCAAGGCUUCUCCAGUCCUCUUCCUUACUCAACUUCCCCCACAUCCUCCCACGGCAUGCAUUUCUCCAGCCAGAUAAGAGCAUUCAACUGCAGGGGUGGAGAGGGUGGGGUAAUUGUAGAAUUGGUCUGAUUUAUCUGAUAGUGAUAGCCAGAAGCAGGAAGUAGGCUGCACUGGCAUAUCAUACAUGCCAUAUGUGCCAUGUGUAGCACCCACACCCACUUCCUGGUUCCCUCUUGAAGACAGGAUAGUCUUGCCUACCUAGGUGCUGAAAUAGGGUGCAAUCUCAGGGAGCCUGUGUGCCAGGGCUCCACAAGCCACUGGAGGCAUGGCACUAUGAACUGGUGAGCAGCCAGGAGGGUGGGGACUCUGGGAAGCCUGAAGGGGCAGGACCCAAGCUGUUCCAGGAACAGGAAUGGGACUGGGCCUCCUUUACAUGUUUGCUGAGAACAUGUUUGAUAGCUCUCCUGUUUUUAAUGAAAGAGUGGGUGGUUCAGACUGAGAGGGAGGAACUCCUGAGUUAAUGGCUCCAAGUGCUGGUACCCAGAGGUAGAGCAGGUUUGUACAGAGCAUGUGGCAGUGACAGAAAUUGAUGUCCAUAACUUACUCUUCUCUUGUCUCUCCCCUUUCUCUAGAUCCUUCCCAGAUAAAUGAUAAAUCUGUAACGAGCUCCUUCACAUCAAGGGACUCUGAGGCCAGGCCAGGCAACUGGGUCUAGUAUGGUCCUUUCAGAAUUUCCCACCCAUUCACUUGUCUCCUUGCUCCAGCACUCUCUCAGCACUUAUGGGUUUAUAGGAUUGGGUGAGAACAUGGAAUUUAGGAAGCUAUCUUUUGUAAGCCUUGGAAAAUGAGAAGUUCUUUGCAAGCAUUCAUGGGAGGGGUGGGCUUAUAUUUCCAGGCCCUUUCCUCUGAAAUUGUCUUCUAGCCAGUUGAUUUUCUGAGUCAGAUCCAAGUCUUGCCUUUCUUUCACCCCACCCUUACUGAUCUGUCUCCAAUCUUUUACUUGUCUAGUGAUACCAAAUUCUUGCUGGGUUGUAAGAGGUCUCUCUGUCUGGAUAUUUGGAUUGGGGCUGACUACAGAAAAAUGACUUUAGUAUUCCUGGGCCCCUUUUCCUUUCCUUAAAGAUCUCCUUCUUUCUCCUUAGAUAUCUGAGACCCUCCUUACCCAGGACCUCUCCCAACCAAUAUAGUGAAAAUGGCCAUACUUCCAAAAAUACUGUAGAGAUUCAAUGUAAUGCUGAUUGAAAUUCCAACAAUACACUUCACAGAACUAGAGAAAACAAUCCAAAAAUUCAUUUGGAACCAUAAGAGACCUAGAAUAGCUAAAACAAUUCUA